AUGGUCGAACGCAAGAGGACACUGCUUCCUAUUUACAUAAGUGGAGGAAGUGAACGUCGAAAGAUAUUUGCUAAACGUACAAUUCCAAGCCGUACUAUUGAUGAAGCGUCACCUGUAAAAAAGAGGAAGAAAUUUUUUCAAGUGAAAAGUCGCAAGUGGAAUGUGUAUUGGAGGCUAUUUAUCAUCACAUUUGGGAUUGGUAUGAUGUGUCUUAUUGUAUUGGGCUUCAUGGUACAGAAUGAGACCAUGUCAAAGAAGAAAGGAAGCAGUGGAGAAAGCUCUACACAAAGUUUUUUUGCAACGUGGAAGGAGAAUCAGAUGCUGACGAAACUCGAGCGACUCUCGCACAUGUUUACAGCUCCAGUCGAUAUCAAUAUAAAUAAUCAAAAAAUGAGACAAACGUUGAGUAAUCUUAGUGAUUACGAGUGCAUUGGGUGGAGACAGACGGCCAAGUGCACGCCGUUGGGAGAACGGGAGGACGAAAAUGAUAAGAAUUGCAGUGCAAUGAUUCCGAAUGGAGUAUCAGGCUAUUGUGAAGUGCGUAAUAUACACACAAAGGAGGUGACUCAAGUACUGGCAAUGCGCUGUGACUCGUUGAGACCAGCCGUGCACUUUAACUGCAAUAUGUUUCCAAGUCUACUGAGUUACAGUAUCCUGUCGACGGACUAUAUACAUGACUCGAAUUUCUCGCUCGCACAUAAUCAAGAGGUGCUCCGAACAACGAAUCAGUUGUCCAACACGCCAAAACAAUCACUUGAAAAUGAUGGAAUGAGCAAUGAGACUGUCGAACAGUUUGUCGAACAGUUUGGAAUGUCAUUUGAUCGGGCAAUUGUGUUUGUAAUCUACGAAUCAGUGCUACUAGGAGCAUAUGCGAGUGUGCGCUCGCUGCGCGCUUUGGGAUGCAUGCUGCCGAUUGAGAUGUGGUACAAGACGUCGGAGACGAACGUAGAGCACCCACUACUGCAGCUUAUGGUCGAGGAGUUGAAUGUAUCCCUGCGUGUGAUUGAUGACCCGCUGGCGACAGGCUUUUACACAAAGCUUUAUGCAAUCUUUUACAGUGCCUUUGACAAUGUUUUGCUGCUGGACGCUGAUAACUUUGCAGUGCGUGAUCCCAACUAUUUAUUCGACACGCAUGAAUUCUUAGAGACUGGUGCGAUCUUCUGGCCCGACUUUUGGAAACCAAGCAAUACAAUUUUCAACGUUCAAAAGCAUAGCUACGUCUGGGAAUUUUUCGGACUGGACUAUGUGGACAUGUUUGAACAGGAAAGCGGCCAAGUAUUGAUCAAUCGACGAAUGCAUUACAAGGCCUUGAACGUGCUCAUGUACUAUGGUUUUUCUCUUCCUCGAACUUACGAAACGAUGCAACUUGUAUGGGGUGACAAGGAUUUGUUUCGAUUUGCAUGGCUCAAGUCCAAUAGCUCGUUCUACAUGAUACCGGGACCGCCUGGCUCCGCUGGUACGAAACAUGCCGACUAUGAUCUAUUUUGCGGGGUCACCAUGGUACAACACGAUCCAAGUGGACGCGUGCUGUUUCUCCAUCGUAAUACGCAGAAGCUUACAACCGACAACAACCAGCUUUUGUGGACUCAUAUUCAGCAGUUUAAGCGCACUUCGUCGCUUUUCGAUUACAAAAUACGUGGUGCAAAUGGUGGCAAAGCGUUUCCACAGUUUAAACGAUGCUUUGGGAAAGAUGUCAACUAUGAAAAGCUCUUUACGCUCAAACCAAUGAGCGCAUUUUCGUUCAAGAACCUCGAGACUGAUCUUCUUCGAUUUGCUACUGCGGGUGCUGAUGUUCUUCGGCUUAGUAGCUAUAAGGAAGGAAAUGCAAGUUGGCCGGCACAAGAACAAGCACCAGUGACUGAAAUUAUAUUGGCGACGGGUGAGACAUAG